UUCAAUGUCACACUAAAAGAAUCCGAGCCAAACCGCCUUGUACACAACAUACGUCAUCUCCGUCGUAGUCGUCGUCGUCGUAGUCUUACAUCCGAUUCCACUAGCCCAGAAAAAGAUUCAGUUCGAGCCAGUACCUGGCAUCAAGCCAGACGCCAGAGCAACACACCACAAUUUCUGCUCUUGAUAUUAAAAAUACAAAUCGUUUUUCUUUCCCCAUUAAACUUAUAUAUUUUUAUGUUUUAUAUUAACGUAUCUUUAUUUUAUGAAACCGAUCACGUACCACCAUUCGUGCAUAUGUGCGCUUUCGCCAAAGUGUAAUGACUGCCUUACCUGCUGAUUUUCAUUUUCGUCAUUCGCUCGGUUAGCUAUAGAAAGACAGUCUUACGGAAAUGCUAAGAUACUUUGGUCGAUUUUGUUCGUUUUUAAAUUAACUUAUCAGUCGGGGAGCUACGCACUCAACAAAAAUAAAAAGAAAAGAAACCGAAAAUCUUAUAGAACCAAAGAUUUUAUUGAUAAGAAAGUCAUUUGAAUCUUUUAUUCGUUAGCAAUCAAAAAAAGACGCGCGUAAUAUUAAAUUUGGAGGCUUUUGAUCUAGUGAAGUGAAGUUUCGAAACCAGUUUAGUGUGAAGGAGAUAAAAAAGAAUUUUAUUGAUCAUACUACCUGUGAUGUGAUGUGAUGGCAAAGUAACAAGAAUCAGUGAAAGGAUUUAACUAAAAUUCCCCUUUUUUUUAUUUUCAAAACGAUUGUGAAAGUCAUCGUCAUAAUCAAUGCAUGAGUCGUACGGGUUUGCUGAUUCCUUCAGGCCUGUUGUGGAUUAUUUUAACCGAUAUUUUACAUGUCACUACAAAAAAGUCAACAGUAAAAGACCAAAUGAUUACAUAAAAAUGCUUCAAAUUCGAAGAAAAACAUCGAUGAUGAAGUUCAACUUCAUCAGGAGCUGUGAUAUAAGUUGGACGGAGAAAAAGGUGAUAGGUAUCUUAGUUUUACUUUGUAGUAUAAAUUUAUCAAUAAGUAGCAGUAGUAGCCAUAGUGCAAGAUACAGUGCACCCUUAAAUAAUACCUCGGAAGAUGAUUUCAAACCGAUGGCUUUAACACACUAUGAUUCGGAGUUGAUAGCGAGACAACAAUUCACAAAAACUGGCCAAUAUCGAAUAUUUGAACCAGUCGAAAGUGAUUUACGAUUUAAUCGAAAAGAAUUUAAGAAACAAAACGAAAUUAACAUCGAAAGUGAUCAUCCAAUCAAACCGGAAGAAAUUAAGGUUAAUGUGUUUAAAAAAAUGCCUCAGAAUGAUAAAAGGGUUGAAGAUGUACUCAAUGACAUGGACAUCAGCUCAGAAUUAAGAUCUAUUGAAGAGUCAAUCACAUCUUUUCUGGAUGAAUUAUUUGUUAAGAAGAAUAUUGAAAGAUCUGGAAUCAGAGUUAAAAUAAAUGAUUCUGAUGAAACAAACGAGAUUGAAGGUUUAUCAAAGAUUGGAACUAAACUUGAGAAGAAUAUAGAAAGAUUUGUCAGAUCUGCUGUUGUGAAUGUCUCACUGCCUAGAGCUGCUGAAACUGGAAGAUUAUUCUUUUUUGCUGGUUUGAAGAAAAUACUUUGGCCGAUAUUCAUUGGAAUACAAAUAAUCAAAUCAUUGAUAUUUGCUCUGUUCUUGCCAAGUAUUAUUGGAUCUUUUGGCAAAAUUGCAUCACAAGGUUCAUCAUCUUUAGCUGGUUUUAAUCGUCCAUCAGAAACAGUCAACGAUUUGAAUUUCAAGGAUAAUUUUGAAGAUGACAGUAAAUUCAUGGUUAUGGAUGACGGUAGCUACGCCUACAAUCAACCUGAAGCUUCAUCGAAUCAUUUUUCAACACAACCUCAUGACGCAGCUGCACUCAAUAAUAAUGCCUUAUCCAGAUUUGGUCAAAACGAUAAUACUAAAGACUUGUAUUUGAACACCUACGGUUACGAUGAGAAGAAAAAUGCCCAUUUCAAUCCAGAUUCUUCAUCUUUGUCCCAAAUUUAUGAAACUUUUAAGAAACUACCAUCAUCAUCACUUGUACUUUCGAACUAUGAUCCAUUUUAUAGUCCAAUAUUGUCACGUUUAGAUGGAAUUUUUGAUCAAUUGGGGCUUAAGUCGAAAGAUGAAAAUUGCAGAGAGAAACUAAUUUGCCACAUGUAUGCUGAUCCUGAAAAAUAUGCACCCUACAGCAAUUUGGUAUCAGCACAAUUGAGCAGAGAACUCGAUGAACUUCGGAAACCCACUUCUGAGAACCCGGAAAUUCUCAGAUUUUUCAAAUACAUGAAAGCUGCUAAAGAUGGUCAGGAUGGUAUUAAGUGUGCAGAGACUUAUUCAAUGUGCACAGAUUUCAAGGAUCUUGAGAAUCCAGCGAUGAUUAAUACAUUUAACGAUAUAAAUAAAUUAGUCGAAGCACGUAAACUUACGAAUUGAAAUCAAAAUGCAUUCUACGCGGUUUUGGUUUUUAUUUCAUAAAAUUUCAUCUCCAUUAUGUAAAUAUUUAUUUAUUUUUGAAACACACCAACAAACAAAAUAUAAUUUAUUGUUAAUUUAGUGUUUGUGGGUUAGAAAAUAAGAAAAAUUGAUAAAAAUGUAAAAAUUAAAAUUAAAAAAAAAAUUAUUUAAUGUAUUAGAAUUUAUUUAAG